AUGUUUCCCACCCAAGAUCUCUCACUCCUCACAAAACCAACAACUCACCGAAUACAGAAGCAAAUAAGCAUGAAAGGGGUUCUUAAUUACCUUGUUGUAGCUCUGGCACUCAUGGCUUUGGCAUGCUCCGUUGCCUCUGCCUUUGACCCUGCUCCUCUGCAAGACUUUUGUGUUGCAGUCAAUUAUACUUCCACUGAUGCUGUAUUUGUGAAUGGAAAGUUCUGCAGAGACCCAAAGCUUGCCAAUGCCAAUGAUUUCUUCUUCCAAGGCCUGAACAUUCCUAGAAGCACCGCAAAUCAACUCGGGUCGAAUGUCACUCUUUUGACUGCAGACCAAAUACCUGGCCUUAAUACAUUAGGCGUAUCCUUGGCUCGCAUUGACUUUGCACCGUACGGCCUAAAUCCACCCCAUACUCAUCCUCGUGCCACAGAGAUUUUAGUAGUUGUAGAGGGUACUUUGUUAGUUGGCUUUGUUACAUCAAACCCGGAUAACCGCCUCAUCACAAAAACUCUAAACUCAGGAGACGUCUUCGUCUUCCCAAUCGGUCUCAUUCACUUCCAAUUUAAUGUAGGAACGACCAAUGCUGUUUCUUUCUCCGGUCUUGGAAGCCAGAAUCCUGGGCUCAUCGUCAUAGCAAAGAAUGUUUUUGGAUCCAAUCCUCCUAUCAAUCCAGAUGUUCUCACCAAGGCCUUUCAAUUGGACAAAAAUGUGGUUGAGUCUCUUCAGAAAACAUUCAGUUAGAGAACUAUAUGUUCUAGCCAUAAUGAACCGUCUGAUGGUUUGAAAAGUUUGAAAUGUUUCCGAGCUUGUUGUAUCGUCGUAGCAAUAUAUAAUUAUAAUGAAAUAAAAUUGUUGCUUAUGUACUCUCAUAUUCGAUCUUUUUUGUUCUUUUUUA